AUGCUCCGCUGCGGCGCCGGCUGCGACUGCGCGCCGCCGCGAACCGCGCGCGACGCCGCCGCGCCGGCGGCGCCGCCGGCCGCGGCGGGCGCGCGCGAGCCGGCCGCGGCGACGCGCGGCGUCCUGCUCUUCGCGGUCGGCGCGCCGCUCGGCGAAACGGACGGCGCGCCGGCGAUCGGCGAGGCGCUGCGGCUCGCGCGGACGAUCCGGCGCUUCCACGCGAGCGCGCGCGACCUGGGGGUCUGCCUCGACUACCACGUCGUCGCCGCGGACGAUCAGGCCCGGGGCGCGGCCGAGGCCGAGCUGCGGCGUCGCGCCGAGCCGCUCGGCGUCGAGCUGCGCGCCGUCGCGUUCGACCGCGCGCCGGCGCUCGCGCGCGCGACGCUCGCGCGCGGGUGCAAGUGGCAGGACGGGUGCGACGAGCGCGCGCUCGUGGAGCUGCGGCUGCGGCGCAUGGAGCGGCUCGCGGCGUCGCCGUUCGAGCGCACGCUCUACCUCGACUCGGACGCGCUCGCGUGCGCGCGGCUCGACGGCUUCUUCGCGGCGCUCGGCGAGUCGGACGUCGCGUACGUCUCGACGACGACGAUCGGCAAGUAUGUCCGCAGGAAGACGGGGCUCGACGCGAUCUUCGACGCGAGCGCGGCGCCGCCCGGCGCGGCGCCCGUCGCCGAGUCGGCGUACCUCAACGCGGGCGUGCUCGCGUUCCGCAACUCGACGGGCGCGCGGCGGCUGCUCGCCGCGUGGCGGCGCGUCUUCGUCGACGAGUACCUCCCGCGGCGCGUGCCCGGCGCGCACUCGAUGCAGGACCAGCCGGCGCUGUGGUGGGCCGCGCGCACGACGCCGGGCGUCGCGCUCGAGCGGCUGCCCGACGAGUACCACUGCAAGACGCACACGACCGGCGCGACGUGCGCGCGGCCCGGACCGCUCGACGUCGCCGACGGCGCGCGCGGGCCGUCGCGCGGCGCGCGGCGGCACUCGCGCGACGCCGGCGGGCGGUGCGUCGUGCUCCACGGACACGGGCUCGUCGACGCGGGGCCGCCCGACGGGGGGGGCGCCGACGCGCCGCGCCCGAGCGCCGCGGAACUGGCGCGCGCGCGAGCCAGAAGGCGGCGGCUCAGUGACUUUGGGAAAGCCGACAAGAAAUGCACGACGCUCCUGAAAAAGAAGAAGCUCGACUGGCUCCUCGAGCCGUUCACGUGCACGAAAUCCGUCAAGACGUCGAACGUCGCGCUCGUGCUCGGCACGGGCCUCGGCGACACGGGCACGCGGUCCGUCGCCAAGGCCGUCGACGCGCUCGGCGUGCCGACGUGCCACCGCACGACCGCGACGCUCGAAGCGCUCGGGGCGUCGAACCGGCGCGACAUGACGCCCUUCGCGUCGUCGGGGGCGUGGUUCGACACGCCCCUGGCGUCCGUCUGGCGCCGCGUCGCGUGCUCGUUCCCCAACUACAAGGUCGUGCACACGACGCGCGCCGGCGACCGCCCGCGUCUCUCGUCGACCGGGAACCGCAUGAACGCGCGCCGGCAAGAGCAAGAGCACUACCUCAUCUCGCGCUGCCUCGAGUACGGCACGACGUGCCCGACGCUCGCGGACGCGCUCGUCGCCUUCGACGGCGUCGCGGCGAGCCUCGACCGCUACGCGCCGCGGGACAAGGUCCACGUCAUGAACAUGUCGACGGGCUUCCGCCUCGUCCCCCUCGCGGCGUUCCUCGGCAAGCCCGUGCCGCGCGGCAUGCGGGGCGUGCCGCGGAGCAAGGAGUUCUUCUGCAGGACCCGGGCCGUCGCCGAGAAGAAGAAGAAGCCGCGCGUCGUCACGCGGCACCGCUCCGGGAAGAAGAAGAAGAAGAAGCCCCACCCACCGCCUGUCACCCCGGAGCCGGCGCUCAUCCCCGAGGAGGCCAUGCUGCUCGGCGGCGCGCUGCUGGCCGCCUCCGUGGUCCACGUCCUCACGAAGCGCCUGUCGUCGAGCAAGCGGCUCGUGGUGCGCGUCGGCGCGACCUUCGGCAUCAGCUACGUCCUCGGCGUGCGCUUCCUCGCGGGCAUCAAGGCCGGGCUCGGCGUCGACGCGCUCGGCGACCUCGACGCGUUCGGCCCGCUGUGGACGCUGAGCGGGUUGCUGUUUUCCGUCAUGCUCGGGCAGACGUACCAGUACUACUUCGACCGCCAGGGCGCGAUCCAGGACGCGGCCUUCGAGGAGACCCUGGCGCUCUGGCGCCUGAGCCAGUUGGUCACGACGACCAUCAACGACCUGCACGCGCGGCGGUCCGCGUACGUGUUGGUAAAAAGCUACGCGGAGCAGCUGUCGGCCGCGGGCGCGCGCCGGCGCCCCGCGGCCGCGACGACUUUCGAGAGCUCUUGGACACGUCUGAGCGCGGCCGCGGACCUGCUCGUGGAGUUCGACCUCGGCAACGACGAGCCGAGCCAGCUCGGCGACGUCUGCGGCCUCGCGGCGGGCGCGGAGUCGGCCGCGGGCGUCCAGUGCAUCCACGACACGGUCCGCGACAUCCACCGCUGCGCGGCGAAGCGCGUGUCGAACAUCAACGCGGACCUGCCGCCGCUCCAGUGGCACGCGCUGUCGGCGUUCGGCGUGCUGCUCGUGGGGAGCUUCGGGCUGCUGGACCUGGGAUCGGCGAAAUUGGAGGCCGCGGUGCUCGCGAUCGGGCUCGCGUCGUCGGCGCUCUUUUAUCUCGUGCUCAGCGACCUCCAGAACCCCUUCGAGGGCUCCUGGGCCGUGAGCCCGGCGGCGGGGUCGUUGGAGAAGUUCGUGGCCCACAUGCUCGAGAAGCACGCGACGCUCGUGCGCGCGCACUCGAAGCGGGCCGUGACGCAGGUCCGCGCGAGCCUCCGCCUCGCGGGCACGGGCAACGGCGUCGCGAGCCUGCGCAAGAGCGCGGACGAGGCGAGCUUCUCGGAGAAGGGGGGCAUGUAG